CUCUGCUUUUAAUUCUAAAUUAACUCAGUGCAUGUCUAAAUCAUCCAGUUGUAUAGAAGGCUUUUAUCCACAAGAAUCAGGAUCUUCCUUCUCCUAUCAGAUUUGCAUUGGGGAAAUUUUUCUAUAUUUUACUUGUCCAAUAAAAAUACGUCAGCAUACAAGAACACAAAACAUAAAUGUCAAAUUUUAUUUUAUUCAGAAAAUCUUUGUGAAUUGAAGGCUGUGGAUUCCUCUUUGGGUAGAAGUACAGUCAUAAUUAUAUGAUGGGGUUGAUACGUGACCAGAGGUCUCAUCAUAGCUCGGAGAUGAGUGAACUCCAUAGUUGUGAUUUUUAUCUGGCAAAACGUGAUACUUCUAAACGACGGCAAAGGCGAAGAUUUACACCGAUCACAAGCAAAUGGAGAGAAAACUCACCUUCAAUUAUUUUGGCCCAUUUUGUUGCUGUAGCCAUGGGGAUCCGUUUCAUUGUAAUGGUAACAAUAUGGAGUGCUAUAUUCAUGAGUGAAUUAUUGAACAAAGAAGUUCCAGUUUCUUCAAAUGAAAGUUACUGUGGCCCAUGUUCUAAAGACUGGAUAUAUUAUAGAAAUAGUUGCUACUGGUUUUCUAAUGAGCGCAAAAGCUGGUACCAGAGCCAAGCUUCUUGUAUAUAUCAAAAUUCCAGCCUUCUGAAGAUAUACAGUAGAGUGGACCAGGAUUUUUUAAAAUUGAUCAAGUCAUAUCAUUGGAUGGGGCUAGUACAAAUCCCAACAAAUGGAUCGUGGCAGUGGGAAGAUGGCUCGAUUCUCUCAACUGACAUACUACCAAUUAUUGAAAUGCAAAAUGGAAGCUGUGCAGUCUAUGGCUCAAGCUUUAAAGGCUAUACAGAAGACUGUUCAACUCCAAACACAUACAUCUGUAUGCAGAGGAUUGUGCAAGGAACCAAUCAACCACUCCACAAAAGUGGAUAGAAAAAAAAUUAAAUCAGUAGAAACACCACCAGCUGCAACUAAAGCAGAGAAAAUGGACCUAAAGGAAAGAAGACUGUCAGACUUGGAACAUCUAGGACCAUAUUAUGGAAUUAUUCAUCUGCUGUGAACAUGUGACAUUAGGAAAGACAAGAGUACCUGUCAUGAAGGCUACCACUCCCACUGGAAUGUUUGAGCUGAUGGAGGGGAAGAGCCUUAAUUUCAAAGGGCGAGGCCAACACCCAGGAGAGCUGUGAGGGAAGGUCAGCCCUACGGACCCUGAGGGGCUACACCCUAUCUCCACAGGAAACUGCCACAUGAGUGGGUCCUCAGUAGAGAGCCACAAGCUAGGCAGAGCUUCGCCCAGCUGUGGGGCUGAGGUUAUCACCUCAAUAAAUCUAAAAGACAGGACUGCUGCUCCAGGACACCUGGAGGGAAAAGUAUGAAGUCAGAGAGAAUUAUCUUUGAGACUAAAGAUCUCACAGAAUGUGCUGUGCUGGGUUUUGGCAUGGGGACUCACCUUUCCUCCUUCCCUAUAUCUUUCUUUUUAAUGGCAAUACCUAUCCCAUACCAGUUCCACCACUGCAUUUUGGAAAUGCAUGAAUUGCUUUGUUUCACAUAUUCAUAGCUAGAAAAUAAUAUGGUCUCAAAAUAAAUUUCCCUGGAUAUUAACCGUAUCUUAUUUAGAUGAUAUUUAUAUGAGAUUUUAUACUUUAGACUUUAUAGUUGUUGCUGGAAGGAGUUAAAGUCUUUGAGGUUGUUGGGAUAUCAUGAAUGCAUUUUCCGUGAGAGAAUGACGUGAAUUUGGAGGGCUAGGAAGAGACAGACUGAUUAUACUUGUGUCCUUCCAAUAUUCCUAUUUGAAAUUCUAUCCAUCAAUAUUAUGGUAUUAGGAAGUAGGACUUUGGAGGUAAUUUAGGCCAUGAGGGUAGAGCCCUCUUAGUGGAAUUUAUGCCUUUGAAAAAGGACCCCCAGAGAACACGUCAGCCUUUUUUCUACCAAAUGAGAAAACAAAUUGAGCCUGCUACCUGGAGGGGAGCCUCACCAGAACCAAGGCAUUCUGGCACCCUGGUCUCUGACUUUCAACCUCCAAGACCAUGAGAAAUAAAUUCAUAUAAUUUAUAAACUACUCAGUCUAUGGUACUUUCUUAUGGUAACCCAAAUGGACCAACAUAGGUGGAGGAAAUAGAAUAACAUUAGGUCCCACUGAAAAUAGCAAAAUAUAUUUUAUAAUAUUAUUGUAGAAUGUCCCAACACUUGGGGAAAACAUUGCCAACCAAAAAGCAGACAAAAAUCUGUAGACUCUCAGAAAUGAGUCAAUAUAGAGAGAAAACAGAAAAGCAACCACAACACUUGCCUUUACUCUGGAGGUUUCUAAUAACCACGGAGAAUUUCUGUUUUGAUAGUUGCCAUAGAGCAAUAGAAAAACAUAAGAUACAGCUUAAGGAUCACUAAAAUGAAGGGUUAAAUACAAGUUACACUUCUAAUACUGGGAUUUCCUCUAAGAUACAAGCUCAUACAAAGAAUCAAGAAAACCAACAGUUCAGGAAAUAGUUACAAAGAAUCUUUACCUUUGAUGAGAUGAAGACAGAAAUGAAAACCUCAUGGAACAUUUUUAACCACAAAUGAGCCCUCAUUUAAAUUUACAGGCCAGUCAGUCAAAAAUUGAAGUACAAAAGUAUUGUGGUCAAAAGUUUAUGUGAAGUAAUUCAAAGUUAAUAAUGGUCUGACUGUUAACUAUACCAACACUUUCAGAAGGAAAAAUAACUCUAGCCCAGAUAUUUUUUUAAGAUGUAUUUAUUUAUUUAUUUAUUUGAAAGGCAGAAUUACAGAGAGGCAGAGGCAGAGAGAGAGAGAGGUCUUCCACCUGCUGGUUCACUCUCCAGAUGGCUGCAACUGUCAGGGCUGAAGCCAGCAGCCAGGAGCCAGGAGCUUCCUCUGGGUCUCUCACCCCGGUGCAGAGGCCCAAGGACUUGGGCCACCUUCUACUGCUUUCCCAGGCCACAGCAGAGAGCUGGAUUGGAAGUGGAGCAACUGGGAUUCAAACCAGUACCAGCACUGUAGGUGGCAGCUUUACCUGCUAUGUCACUGUGCCAGCCCCCACUAGCCUGAAUCUUAAAAGAAUUUUGACAAAUAACCUUCCAAAUUUGAUGAACACAAUGGCAAAAAUCACAAAACAGAGAAAGCAAAAGAGAGAAAAAAAGAAGAGAGAGCACUAUUUUAACAUUUUACUUUUUAUUUUAUUUUAAUUUUUUAAUUAAUUUUAAUUUUUUUAUUUUAAUUUAUUUUAACAUUUAAGUAAUGUGAGUAAAGGACCAGUAGUCAUCUAUAGUCAUUUCUUUCAGGAUUUUGUUUAGUCUGAAAUUUUGUUGAAAUUAAGAGCUAAAAUAAACAACUGGAAUCAGUUUUGAAGCAUCUUUCUCUCUUAUACACUGUGCCUAAUAUUCCAGCAAAUCCAAGUCACACACACACACACACACACACACACACAAGCCCAGAGUCUAUUUCUCAUCACCACCUUCUUUGCUGACAAGCUUGUGUUUCUGGUGAAUUGAAUAAUUUUUAAUUUUUGUGAAAUACUUUUAUUUUACCUUAAUCUUUGAAGGAUAUUUCUACUGAGUAUCUUUUUUGAGAGUUAAUUUUGUCACACAGAAAGCUAAAUACCAUUGAAUACUGACUUCCCUUGUUUCAGUUAAGACGUUAGCUUCCGGGGCCGGCGCUGUGGCACAGCAGGUAAAGCCACUGCCCGCAGUGCCGGCAUCCCAUUCAGGUGCUAGUUCAAGUCCCGGCUGCUCACUUCCGAUCCAGCUCUCUGCUAUGGCAUGAGAAAGCAGCAGAAGAUGGCCCACAUCCUUGGGCCUCUGCACCUGCGUGGGAAGACCUGGAAGAAGCUCCUGUUUCUGGUUUCAGAUCUGCACAGCUCAGACCGUUGCGGCCAACUGGAGAGUGAACCAACAGAUAGAAGACCUCUCUCUCUCUCUCUGCCUCUCCUUCUCUCUGUAUAACUCUUAAAAAAAAAAAAAAAAAGAAUUUAGCUUCCUAGAAUAUUUUUUCCUAGUAUAUUGGUGUUUUAUUUCUC